GUUGUCGUUCGGAUGGUUGCGAUUGGAUAUCGCCAUGGGUUGAGAUAUCUACUAUCCUCGAUGUCCUUACGUCACCCGUCCAACUGAGAGAUGGAAGGACGGUGCCUGCAGUCAGCCGCUUUGUCCGCACUGCAUCUGCGCAUAGCCAUUCAAAUCCAAUCUGAGGGGAGAGUACGGAGUAUAUUGCACCCUAUACAAUAAUCACUAUUUGAGCACUUGAGAAUACUAUCUCCCCAUCCUCCGUACUUCGAACCUCCUCCAAUUCCUUCCACAUUACCGCCAUCAUGCAAGUAGCUGAGAUUCUCUCUGACUUGACAUCCCUACGCGUCUGUGAUCAUCAUGACGCCCUCGCGCUCGUCACCGUCAAUGAGAGGAUUCCUCUUGCUGCAGAUUCAACCCAGCCGAGCACCAUAGCUGCAAUCCAAGCAAGCGCAGGGACGAACCAGGACGGUUAUGAGAACGAGGACCUCCGUCGCGCUAAGGAACUAGUCGACUUGCAUUAUGAGAUCAAGGCCCGGCAUGCGCUGGGGACGGUGGAUGAGGAGCUAUCGAGUGCUAGGGAGGAGGUGGCUCGAGUGUUGAGGGAGCUUAGCCAGUGAGGAGGGUUUCAGCAUUUAUCUUGAGAUUAUUGCGAUGGUGUUUUUCAUCUGGGGGUUUGGGGUUGGAGUUAUCGGUGGGAACAUGUAUUUGAAAUCUCUGCCCCAUAGGACAGGGGGGCUAUGGGCAUUGUGUAAUCUACGAGCACCUACUGGUACACUUUGCAAUAUCUAGA